ACGAAAGCUAAUGGGUUCCGGGCCGGGCUGGAAAGGAAAAAAUAAGUUGGCGACAUCCACGACUGCGCGCCGACGGCGGGUGCGGCACCACCGCCGCCGUUCGUCAGCGCGGCGCCCAUUCCCACCCCCGAACACGUUCCGCACCACCGCGUCGCGUGCUUGCCCAGAGCCCUGGCCGUCGGCUUGGAGUCGCAGUUCUCGUCCCGCUUCCCGGCUUCGUCAGCCGACGGGCGCUUCCACGACGGCGGGAUGCUCCUCCGGCCCCAGCCUCUGGCGGAAGGCGCCUCGGGCGGGGAGGCGGACGAGCGCGCGAGAGGGUAGGUUCAUGUGCGCUUGCACGAAAAUUUCAUGCAUCCAGUCUAAAAAAGUCGCUAGCUUCGCUCCUGUCGUAUCUUGGUCCGGCGGAUCUAGUUUGGUAGAUGGAUGAGUCUGGCAUGAACCACACACUGUGGAGAGACAAAACGCCGCUGUCCAGGAUGAUUUUGCUUGUACCUCAGCUCCAGCCAUUUGAUUUUUGAGUAUCACUUAUUCCCAGGGUAGUUUGGUUGGUUCUCAUACGGGAUUCAGUAAUUUUACUGAGCUCCCAUGCAGGGCCGUGUUAAGGGGGGCUGUUCGAUUCGUCGUGUGUAGGCUGUAGAGACUCUUACUGAAAGUUUGUUCAAGUCCUAAAAGAACACGGGGCCUUGCAUUGCGAUCGAUGGCUAGAGUUCGUGGAGGUUGUCAGGAAUUCUUCUAUCCAUGAUGCUGAUUCUGCAACUGCGAGAGGCAGUGUCUGCAUUCCAGAAAACACACUGAAAGAUCGAUGCUGCUUUACUGGCUGCAAGGCAUCUUGCGAGGCAUCGAUCGGCGAAUGCGAUUUGCAAUGAGAUUGUGUCAGCGGCCUCCGUUCCUUCUCUGAGGGCACCUGCUGCAAAUACAACUACCAGCGCAGGUAGUGUGCUUCGAAACCUACUACAGAGGUACCGAUCAACCUCUGCUGGGCAGAGGAUACGGGGCGUGCACUCUCACGCCGCUUCUCUUCGUAGCAACAUUUCUAGGAGUUAUCCAGAAAGAGUUAUACAAAACUUCAGAGGGCAGCCCACGUUACAUUCCAACACACCUGCUGCAAAUACAACUACUGGUGCAGGCAGUGUGCUUAGAAAUCUACAACAGAGGUACCGAUCAAGUUUCGCUGGUCAGAGGAUACGGGGCAUGCACUCUGACACCGCUUCUCUUCCUAAAGAGUUUUAUAGGGGUGAUACAGAAGGAGUCAUACAGAACUUCAAAAGGCUAAGUCAAGCAGGAAUUUCAAAUGCAGCAAGGGAGGAAGGACGUGUUCUUGGUACAGCUAGUGCACCCUAUUACAUGGUAGAGAAAGGCCUACUUAAAAAGCAGCUUCUGCGUACCUCUGGAGGCCUUGUAAGUGCGGAGGUCGGCAAGUUUGAAGGUUUGAAAGAAGUGCCUAAGGAUUCGAGCACGAAACUCAGUGACGUGAAGGGGGUCGAUGAAGCCAAAGCUGAGCUCGAGGACAUAGUUCACUACCUACGAGAUCCAUAUCGUUUCAACCGCCUUGGUGGCAAGCUUCCAAAGGGCAUUUUGCUUGUGGGCCCACCUGGCACAGGGAAGACCAUGUUGGCAAGGGCCGUGGCUGGGAAAGCCGGCGUCCCUUUCUUCGCGUGCAGUGGCAGUGCUUUCGAGGAGACUUAUGUGGGUGUUGGCGCAAAGAGGGUGAGGGAGCUCUUCGCUGCGGCAAGGAAGCGAGCUCCUUGCAUAAUAUUCAUCGAUGAACUUGAUGCCGUCGGUGGGCGCAGAACUGCAGAAGAACCAUCGUGGUCAAAGCAGACUCUGAACCAGCUGCUUGUUGAGAUGGAUGGCUUCAAGCAGAAUGAAGGGAUCAUCGUCGUCGCAGCAACCAACCUCGUUGAGUCGCUAGAUGACGCCCUUGUCAGGCCUGGGCGUUUUGACCGUCAAGUUCAUGUUCCGCUUCCAGAUGUUGUGGGUCGACGGCAGAUCCUCGAGGCACACUUGUCAAAGGUGUUGAAAGCCAAGGGUUUGGAUUUGAUGACUAUCGCAAGGGGGACGCCUGGGUUCUCAGGUGCAGACCUUGCAAGCCUAGUGAAUGACGCCGCUCUCAAGGCUUCCAGGGAUGGAGCAGGUGCUGUUGGGAUGGAUCACCUCGAGUACGCCAAGGACAAGAUCAUCAUGGGCAGCGAGCGCAAGUCAGCGGUGAUGUCUGAUCGCUCCAGGAAGAUGACCGCGUACCACGAGGGAGGGCACGCCCUUGUUGCUAUCCUCACAGACGGCGCCGACCCCGUCCACAAGGCCACCAUUGUCCCCAGGGGAAACUCACUUGGCAUGGUGACACAACUGCCGGGAGAAGAUGGCGAGCUCGAACAGUCGAGGAAGCAGAUGCUGGCGAGACUGGAUGUCCUCAUGGGUGGGCGGGUGGCCGAGGAGCUCUUAGUUGGAGAGACCGGGGUCACCACCGGCCCCUUCUCUGAUCUCAGCCAGGCAACUCAGCUGGCGAUGGACAUGGUCACCAAGUAUGGCAUGAGCAAACGGGUCGGCCUUCUUUCCUACGACGAUGGUGGCCGCGCGGCGACCAUGAGCGGGUCAAUGGCGGCCCUGGUCGAUGAGGAGGUGAAGGCAUUAUUGGACAAGGCUUACAGUAACGCGAAAACGAUUCUCACGGCGCACAGCAGGGAGCUCCAUGUCCUCGCCAACGCCCUCCUGCAGCAUGGAACUCUCUCCGGUGACCAGAUCAAGAAAAUAGUUUCGGCAGGUAGAUGGUUUUAACAAGACUUGUUAAAACCUUCUUUCUGUAGGGACUUGUUGAAACCUUCUUCACCUGGCCUAACAGUGUAGAUGAAGAAGUUCUGUUUUCUGAUACAUUUGUUGCAUGCACAGAGAGUGUAAAGAGCGGUCUGAAUUUUCGGAA